AUGGAGGAUAUACUUGGAACAAAACGAAUAGGAUACACAGAUUUACUGAAUUUAGUCAACAAUGGGGCUUUUCAAGAGUCUUUGGCAAAGUGGUAUCUUCAUCUGAUCGAAACUCGUAUUGACGUUUAUCUCUUACAAAACGGUUUUGAUCAAAAAGCAAUACCAAAAGAUUACAACGUCCAUCCCCAAAACAUUCAAACCCUAAAAAAUAACUCACAAAUUCUCUCGUCAAUCCUCGACCCACAAAACGAAAACCUAAGCUCUACACAAACUUGGUGCGUCCAAUCACCCACUA